ACCAAACCAAACCAAACACCCAAAACCACCAUCUUCUCCGGUAGGCAGCGACCUCCAGUUUCGUCAGGUCCGUACACGUGUCCCUGCAACAACUACAGACGCAAAUGGAGACGCCAUUGCUUCCCGCAGUGAACGGCGGCGAGUUCCAUGACUACGAGCCGGUGAGGAACUUCAGGGAUGCUCGGUCGGUGGCGUGGAAUGAAACCAAGAAGCUGUGGAAGAUUGCGGGGCCCAUCGCCUUCACUAUCAUCUGCAACUUUGGCAACAACACAGCUACCACCAUGUUUGUCGGCCAUCUCGGAAACCUCCAGCUCUCCGCCGUUUCCAUCUCUCUCUCCGUCAUCUGCACCUUCUCAUUCGGCUUCAUGCUUGGCAUGGGGAGUGCGUUAGAGACGCUUUGUGGCCAAGCCUUCGGGGCCGGACAUGUUAACAUGCUCGGCGUUUACAUGCAAAGAUCUUGGAUCAUUCUGUUCACCAGCUGUGUUAUCCUCACGCCAAUCUAUAUCUUCUCCGCCCCGAUUUUGAAGCUUCUCGGGCAGGAUGACGACGUGGCUAAUCUUGCUGGAACAUUCACUAUAUAUUGCAUACCGCAGUUGUUCUCCCUUGCCUUCAACUUCCCUGCCCAGAAGUUCCUUCAGGCUCAAAGCAAAGUUCUCGUGCUUGCAUGGAUUGGAUUUAUCUCGCUUCUUGUACAAAUUGGAUUGCUUUCUCUCUUCAUUUACGUGUUCGAUUGGGGUAUAUAUGGUGCAGGCAUUGCAUUUGGCAUCACAGGUUGGGUAAUUGUGAUUGCUCAAAAUAUUUACAUAAUGAAAUGGUGCAAGGAAGGGUGGACAGGGUUUUCGUGGUUGGCGUUCAAAGACAUAUGGGCGUUUGUCCGGCUUUCACUUGAGUCCGCCUUGAUGCUUUGCCUGGAGAUUUGGUAUAUGAUGACUCUUAUCCUUGCUACAGGCCACCUUAGUAAUGCCGUACUUUCUAUUGACUCGCUCGCUAUUUGCUUAAAUUUCAACGGUUUGGAAGCAAUGUUGUUCAUUGGAAUCAAUGCUGCUAUAAGUGUUCGGGUCUCCAACGAACUUGGAUUGGCACGUCCAAGAGCAGCUAAAUAUUCAGUCUACGUGACGGUUGGUCAGUCUCUGCUCAUCGGAAUCGUUUUCAUGGUUGUGAUCUUGAUAACCAAAGACUACUUUUCUGUCCUGUACACAAACGACGAGGAAUUGCAACAUUCUGUUUCCAAUCUAGCAAUUCUUCUCGGAGUGACUAUGCUUCUCAAUAGCGUCCAACCAGUUAUUUCGGGUGUUGCCAUCGGAGGCGGAUGGCAGGGACUGGUGGCUUAUGUAAACUUGGGUUGUUACUACAUUAUCGGGCUCCCGCUCGGUAUCCUUCUUGGCUAUGUAGCAAAAUGGGGAGUAAAGGGAAUUUGGGGAGGCAUGAUAUGCGGGACUGCUCUUCAAACCUUGCUGCUUAUGAUUGUACUUUACAGAACCAACUGGAACAAGGAGGUUGAACAAACAACGGACCGGAUGAAGAAGUGGACAGGGCAAGACUACGGCGACGAGGAGAUAGCUGUUGUUAGCGUAUGAAAUCAUGUUUUCUAUUGAGUGCAAAAAAUCUCCUAAUUAAGCUUUGCUUAGUUGUAAUUUUUUGUGUUAGAAUUUUCAAACUAUCUACCCAGGAAAUUACCUGCCAGCGGUACAGAUUUUUCAUUUUUUUUAACCUAUGAAUUGCAAAUUCAAGUAGUUACUCUGAAUUUCCAUAAAAUUUUAAGAGUUAUGUUUUUCUGUCUUUCCAUCGUCA